AUGCUCGUGCGGGGGGGUGCUUCUGCAAAUUCUCAGAAGAAGAAAGUUUGGAUAUGGACGGAAAAGAAGGAGGUGAUGACAGCCGCCGUGGAGAGAGGUUGGAAUACUUUUGUCUUUCGCUCCGACCGCCGAGAACUCGCCGCCGACUGGUCAUCAAUUGCAUUGUUAUACCCUCUCUUCAUUGAACAAGGAGGGCUCUUUGACAAUGAGCGCGUAAAAAUCGCGUCUUUCAUUGAAAUUUCUUCAUCCGAGCAGCUGGAGAAGCUCGAGCCGUCGAAUGAACAAGCAGUAGUUGUUAAUCUGCUCGACUGGCGGGCAAUACCUGCAGAAAAUAUUGUUGCAGCUAUUCAAGGCUCUCGAAAAAAAGUAUUUGCUGUCUCAAGGACAUCAUCUGAAGCUCAAAUGUUUCUUGAGGCCUUGGAGCACGGGUUGGAUGGUGUUGUUUUGAAAACUGAGGAUAUUGAGUCCAUCUUUCAGCUGAAGAUAGAUGACAGUCAAACUUCGUAUAGCAUUCUUCUGCAAAAUGCCGAAACAGUUGCAUUAAUUUCAUCCGAGGGAGCAAUUCCGGUGACCUCUCUGAAAAUAAGCGACGAAAUUUUGCUGAGAGCACAAGGAGGCGCUCGGCACACUGGGAUUGAAAUAGAAGAGUUCAUUGUGGAGAAAUGA